CCGGCGCACGCGCGCCACGUCCGGGGAAGAAGGGUUCUUGGAGCUGGCCCGAGGCGGGCUCAGUGUUUCAGGAGGGACCACCUGGAGUGCCUGCGAGUUGCCGACAGCGACCGGAGGAAGAGGGCACCAUGGCGGCCCUCCUCCUGCUGCUGCUGCUGCUGCCCCUACUCUUGCUGCUGCCUCUGCUCCGGAAGCCGAGCCUCUGGCCUCAGCUCCGCUGGCUGCCAGCCGACCUGGCCUUCACAGUUCGCGCGCUCCGCUGCAAAAGGGCCCUCCGCCGCCGCGCGCUCGCCGCAGAGGCCGCUGACCCGGAGAGCCCCGACGGCGGGUGCAGCCUGGCCUGGCGCCUUACACACCUGGCCCGGGAGAGGCCGGCACACACCUUCCUCGUCUACCGCGCUCAGCGCUUCAGCUACGAGCAGGCGGAGCGCGAGAGCAACAGGGUUGCUCGCGCCUUCCUGCGCGCGCGGGGCUGGGCCGGGGGCCGGCGAGGCUCGGGCAGGGGCAGCACCGAGGAAGGGGCGCGCGCGGCGCCUGCGGCCGGCGGGGCGGCCGCGCCCCCUCUGGCACCGCGGGCGACGGUGGCGCUGCUCCUCCCGGCGGGCCCUGAAUUCCUAUGGCUUUGGUUCGGACUGGCCAAAGCGGGUCUGCUCCCGGCCUUCGUGCCCACCGCCCUGCGCCGAGGGCCCCUGCUGCACUGCCUCCGCAGCUGCGGCGCCAGCGCGCUGGUGCUGGCCACAGAGUUCCUGGAGUCCCUGGAGCCCGACCUGCCAGCCUUGAGAGCCAUGGGGCUCCACCUGUGGGCCGUGGGCCCUGAAACUCAUCUUGCUGGAAUCCGCAAUUUGCAGUCUGAGGCAGCAGCCCAAGUGGACGAGCCGGUGCCGGGGUACCUCUCUGCUCCCCAGAGCAUAAUGGACACCUGCUUGUACAUCUUCACCUCUGGGACUACUGGCCUGCCCAAGGCUGCUCGCGUCAGUCAUCUGAAGGUCCUGCAGUGCCAGGGGUUCUACCAGCUGUGCGGAGUCCACCAGGACGACGUCAUCUACCUCGCACUCCCGCUGUACCACAUGUCUGGCUCCCUGCUGGGCAUUGUGGGCUGCUUGGGCAUUGGGGCCACGGUGGUGCUGAAGCCCAAGUUCUCAGCCAGCCAGUUCUGGGAGGACUGCCAGAAGCACAGGGUGACAGUGUUCCAGUACAUCGGGGAGCUGUGCCGGUACCUCGUCAACCAGCCGCCGAGCAAGGCAGAACACGGCCAUAAGGUCCGGCUGGCCGUGGGCAGCGGGCUGCGCCCGGACACCUGGGAGCGCUUCGUGCGGCGCUUUGGGCCUCUGCAGAUCCUGGAGACGUACGGAAUGACGGAGGGCAACGUGGCCACUUUCAACUACACGGGCCAGCAGGGUGCCGUGGGGCGUGCUUCCUGGCUUUACAAGCACAUCUUCCCCUUCUCCUUGAUUCGGUAUGAUGUCAUGACGGGGGAGCCUGUUCGGAAUGCCCGGGGCCAUUGUGUGGCCACAUCUCCAGGUGAGCCCGGGCUCCUGGUGGCGCCCGUGAGCCAGCAGUCCCCUUUCCUGGGCUAUGCUGGGGCUCCAGAGUUAUCCCAGAAGAAGCUGUUGAAGGACGUCUUCCGGCCCGGGGACCUUUUCUUCAAUACUGGGGACCUCUUGGUCUGUGACUCGCAAGGCUUUCUCCACUUCCAUGAUCGCACUGGAGACACCUUCAGGUGGAAGGGGGAGAACGUGGCCACGACUGAGGUGGCCGAGGUCCUAGAGGCCCUGGACUUCCUUCAGGAGGUGAACGUCUAUGGAGUCACGGUGCCAGGGCACGAAGGCAGGGCUGGCAUGGCGGCCUUGGCUCUGCGGCCUCCUCAGGCUCUGGACCUAGCGCAGCUCUAUGCCCACGUCUCUGAGAACUUGCCACCUUAUGCCCGACCCCGGUUCCUCAGGCUCCAGGAGUCUCUGGCCACCACGGAGACCUUCAAACAGCAGAAGGUUAGGAUGGCAAAUGAGGGCUUUGACCCCAGCCAACUGUCUGACCCCCUCUAUGUUCUGGACCAGGAUUCGGGUGCCUACCUGCCCCUCACACCUGCCCGGUACAAUGCCCUCCUGGCUGGUGACCUUCGAAUCUGAGACCUUCCUCUUGAGGGAGGGGCUCGGGGGUACCAGCCACCAUGAGGGUACCAGGGAUUUUCGAGUACCUUUUGUAUACGGAGUCAAUACUGUUAUUUUGUAAUAAAGAGUUGGAGCCUGA